AUGCAAAAAAGAUAUGAUAUUGAAGACGAGCAGGAGGGAUUAGUUGAUGGAGCUGAAGAGAUCAAUGAGAUCAAAGGCACGCAGGAGACAUCAGUCGAAGAAGUUGAGGAAAUUGACAACUCUGACAAAUUCUCUUCAUCAUCAAAUCUGGAUGAAAUAUUAAUAGAUUUAGUCCAUGCACGAAGAGCCUUGUGGGACUACACGAUUCCCGUGAAGAACAGGACAAAGCUGAAAAAAGAUGCUCUUUGGCAAGAGAUAGAAAACAUACUUGGAUCGUUAACUGUGGCGAUGGCUAAACAAAAAUGGAAGCAGCUGCGUGACUCAUAUAUUAAAGCCAGAAAGAAAAUGCAAGGCUAUGUACGCAGCGGCUCUGGGGCUGAAGCUGCACAUCCACCGAAAAGUUCGUUCUCUCAUUACGAGAGAAUGAGGUUUCUCGAUGAUACUGUAUCUACAGUGCCGACCAUCAACUCUCUGCAACACCUUUUGCCAUCAUCAUCAACCAGUUCCGAUUAUUUUAAAGAUUUCGAUGCGAAUGUCUCCGUAUCAGCAUCGUGUUCAACAUUGGAUAGUGUUGAAUAUGACACUAAGUCAUCUGACAACCGCAAAAUAUUUGACCAGCAUGCCCAGCUUCAAGAAACAUUCUAUGAAGUAUUAAGCAAAUCAUCACAGCGUGAAAGAGACACAGUUGACAGCUUUCUGGAAGUACUGGGUGAUUUAUUGCGUCAUUUGCCUUACAUAAAGAGAAGAAAUUUCCAAAAGAAAAUUUUGGAUCUCGCGAUAACAAAAGAAGACAAGAUGGUCAACGAGAAGAACGUGUAA